CCGCAUUUUGCACCUCAGGUCAAGGUCAAAGUCAGCAGUCAGCCAGUCAGAGCCGUCUUUUUGCUACAGAACACUACGCGAAUCGCCUUCCUGCUUGGGCUUGAGGCCCGGCCUCUUCAGCAAAGGGCUUGAGGCCCGGCCUCUUCAGCAAGCCUGAGCCUGAGCGUGAGCCUGAGCCUGAGCCUGAGCCUGACCCUGAACCUGACCCUGAACCUGAACCUGAACCUGAACCCACGACCUGAACCUGAACCUGAACCUGAACCUGAACCUGAACCUGAACCUGAACCUGAACUAUCUACACAAGUCCAUACUACUUCCCUGCCUGCCCAUACCAUACUGUACUACCCUGCUUGCCGCUCCCCAAUCUCGCCGGCGGUGACAAGCCGCUCCACAUGAGCCACCAUCAUCAGCCUGUAGCACCUAUCUACCAUAUUGACUUGGUCAUCGUGUCCGCGGCCAUGCCCGCGCACUCCACGUCCACUCCCAGCUGGCCCAUCGCAUACCCAGCGUCUCGCGUGGCAUGCACCCGAAGGGCUUGAGGCCCGCCUUCUUCAGCAAGCGCAGGCGCUCUGCAGGCGGCUUGCCCACGCAACGGUCGAGAUGGCCGAACUGUUCAUUGGUGUUGUUGCUCUUGUUCAUGCAGUGCCGCGGGCUGGGCGGCGGCUGGCGCCUUCGGUGGCUGGCGCGGACGGCGGCGCUGCUGGGCGUGCGGGCAGCUCCCUGGCUGCAGGAGGCCCGUCUGGCGUGGUGGCGCUGCUAGAGGUCGCGGCGCGCGCGGACGCAGAGUUGGUGCGGGCGCUCUGGGUGGGGCCUUUCUAGUGUGCUGUCCUGGUUUGGUGGCGUGUUCGUGCGUGUGCGCCUGCGUUUGUUCGUGCGCCAGCCAGCGCCAGCGGUUGUUCCUGUGCGGUAGCUGGUCUGCUUUGUUGUGGAGGUCGGUUGGCUGCUGCCUGUGUGCUCCGGUUUGCGUGGGGCCCGUGCCCCGGUUUGCUGCGGGUGGGUGCGUGUGUGACUGCGCGUGGUCGUGCGCCUGCUGUGGUUCCCGUGUUGUCGCUUUAGACUGCUUCGUUGCUGGGUCAGUUCGCGCGGCCGCUUGAUUCAGCGUGCGGGCGUGGCGGUCGGGUAGCUGCUGCCUGUGUUCCCUGGCCUGCUUGGGACCCGGGGCCCGGCUUGCAGUGUUUUGGUGCGGGGGGACGGCGCGCUGCUGUGCGUGUGUGCCUGUGGAGGUUUCCCGUUCUAUAGGUGGGUCGCUUUCUUUUCUUUUUUGGGUUUCGGCACGGGUUUCGGUGGCUUGUGCGGUUGUCCCUGGUGUUCUGCAUGCUCGCUUUGCAGUUGUGGUGCUGCGCCUUCCCUUUAUAACCAUUCUCCCAGAAAAAAAGUGUGGCCGAUGCGCACAGCCGCACACCCCUGCCAAGAGUGGCUUGUCACGCCCUCGACAGACUUGCCGGCAAGCGCGUGGCAGAGCCAGCAGUAGUGCGGCUUACGGGAGCCUUUAUGAAUGAGCUCGCCGGUCUGGCGCUCCGCCUCCAUGCCUGACGUGUUCAGGUAGGACGACAGCCAGCGCGUGGCCUCUGCGCCUGCAUGCACAGAAGGCACACAGCAGCCGCGGCCGGCCCCGCCGGCACUGGCACCAGCGCCGCCGUCCCCACCACUAGUACUGAGGUGCAAAAUGCGGAGGGGACGGCCCUGUGCAAAAGGAAGGAAUGUGUCAGGUAAAUAAGGCAGGGUGACUCUGACCGCUGAACCGGGCCCCCUCCUAGGCAGUAGGACUGAAAGGUGGCGGGUCAAAUGGGCAGGGUGGAGCUGCAGAGCAAAAGAUGGGCAUUCAGGCCGUCCCUAGGCUGGGGCGAUGAUGGCUUGUGUGGAGCGGCUUGUCACCGCCGGCGAGAUUGGGGCGCGGCAGGGUAGCACGGUACGGCACAGUAUGGGCAGGCAGGCAAGUCGUAUGGACUCCAAAGAACCUAACCCUGACCGCUGGCUGAAGAUGGCGAUUACUGCCAGACGGUGGUGAUGCAGUGCAAAAGGAUGAGGUCGUAACGGGACUGAACCUUAAUCUGAACCUGAACCCACGACCUGAACCUGAACCCACGACCUGAACCCAUGACCUGAACCUGAAUCUGACCCUGACCCUGACCCUGACCCUGACCCUGACCCUGACCCUGAACCUGAACCUGAACCUGAACCUGAACCUGAACCUGAACCUGAACCUGCUGUUGUCCUACCUGAACGCGUUGGGCACGGGCACGUUGGGAACUGUCCGGGGCAGAGCUGCGGGCACGCGGGGGGAAGUCCGCGCGCGCCCUCACAAUUUGACAGGGCGUUGGCCCAGCUAUUAACAUUACAUGAAUACGUAAGUAUUUUUUAGCGAGCGAUGUUGCGUCCAUUGGAUCCCAUUUCCCCAGACUCCCUUUCCCCGAUGAGGCGACCCCUGACCCCGCCAACCCGGUCACCGGUCGGGGAGGUUGUUCGCACGCCAGCAUCCACAGUACCUUUGGUCCAACGUUUGCCAUGACUCUGGCACUCAGAUCAUACUCAGACUUCAGUCGCCAUUCCUACACCAGCCUCCUUCCACACGCUUCCACCUGACCUGAGGUGCAAAAUGCGGACGGGACGGCCCUGUCCAAAAGGAAGGAAUGUGUCAGGUAAAUAAGGCAGGGUGACUCUGACCGCUGAACCGGGCCCCCUCCUAGGCAGUAGGACUGAAAGGUGGCGGGUCAAAUGGGCAGGGUGGAGCUGCAGAGCAAAAGAUGGGCAUUCAGGUCGUCUCUAGGCUGGGGCGAUGAUGGCUUGUGUGGAGCGGCUUGUCACCGCCGGCGAGAUUGGUGCGCGGCAGGGUAGCACGGUACGGUACAGUAUGGGCAGGCAGGCAAGUCGUAUGGACUCCAAAGAACCUAACCCUGACCGCGGCUGACAUGGCGAUUACUGCCAAACGGUGGUGAUGCAGUGCAAAAGGAUGAGGUCGUAACGGGAUUCGAACCCGUGUUGCUGGAUUCAAAGUCCAGAGUGAUCACCGCUACACCAUACGACCAGAAAUUG